AUGAAUAAAAAAAUAAAUAAUAGGAGUAAUCUUUAAUCUGCACCUGAAAUAAUUAGAACAAGAUAGAAGCCAAAUACAGAUUUGGAAAUUGAGAAUUUGGUUAUGCAAGACAUGAGAAAGAAAAUAUUGAAUGAUGAAAUGAAUACAAUUUAAUUUUACGAUAUAGUGUAACCUGAUUAGGAUGAAAUGAUAGCUUCUUUAAAAGACUCUUAAAAGAAACCAAUUAAAUUACAUAAGAGAGUAUAUAGAACUGAUUUAGAAAGUAAAUUAAGGUCUAGAUUAUCUAAUGAGCCAGGCUCAAAGUUAUUGUUACAAGAGAUGUAAUACAUUAAAGAGUAUUUGUGAGUUAUGAGAAAUUAGAAGAGGAUCCUGGGAAAAAUGUAAUUCCUAUAAAUAAGAAAUUUCAUUAAGAGGAAUAAUUUAAAGCUGAUUUACAAUAUAAACCUGAAAGUGAUGAUCAAUUAGUUGUAAAUUUAGAUUAAUGGUAUAAAGGAAUAAAGAGGAAACAAAAACAAUAACAAGUUAAAUUAAAAUAAGAGUAAGAGAAUGAAAGUACUAUAAUUUUUAAGAUUUAAAAGGAUUGACUAAAGUAUAAAUGUAAGAAAGAACAUAAUCCUUAAUAUAAUUAAGGAGAGGAGGUUUAAAUGAUAAAUCUAAACAAUUAUAAGCUAUAUCAUCUUUUCCUAAAUUACUAAUUGAUUCAGCAAAAACAGAAAGUGAAUAAAGCACUUUUAAGUAAAAGUUAUAAGGAUCUUUGUAAAAAAUAACGGCAAUAAAAAAGAUUUAGAUGCUUCAUUAAGAUCAUUCUUUAAAUAAAUAAUUAGACAAAUAUUUAUAAUAAGGAUCUACUUUAACACAAUAAGAAUUAGCUUAAAUAGAAUUAGCAAAAGCUAAAUAAUAUGGAUAGGAUUAAAAAGAUGGAACUUUGAUUUUUGAUUAUACUGUUGAAGGAUUAAAGAGUAGUUUACAUACUAUGAUUAAAAUGUAAUUAACAUCCUUUUAAAAUGCAAAUGAUAGAGCAUUAUUUUAUGAAAAAUAAACUAAUUAAAUUUUAUUAUCUAUAAAUUAAAGACUUGAUAGAUAAAAAAAUACUGUAAAAAGAAAUGAAUAAGAUUUGGAAUCAUUAAGAAUUGAAAAUCAUGAAAUACAUAAAAAAUUAAGGGCAAUAUAAGAUUUUGUAAUAUUUUUAAUUUUAUUUUAGAUAAAAGAGAGAUAGGAAGAACUUAUAGGUAUAAAUAAAAAACCAUAAUAGUCAAUUAAUUCACCUAAUAUUAAAAAUAAUUCUAGUUAAGUUGACAAUUAUAUGGUGAUUGCAAUAAAAUAAAAUGAAUUAGAGAGUUAAAUUGAAUAAAUGAAGGAAAAUUAUAGUAAAUUUCAAUAAUAAAUGAAAAUAAAUUCAAUAUAAAUAGAAAAAUUAGAAUAAGAAAACUCUAAACUUAAUAAAAACAACAAGACACUUCUAAAAUCUAUUUAAGGCUUUUUAUUAGAACUUCUUAAAUUAGGUUUAGAUUGUAGAUCUUAAGGUUUAUCUUGGAUAAUUAAGGCUAUUUGGGAUUCAGGUGAAAAAAUAUCAGAUUCUAAUUUUCCUCCUUAUUUGGAUAGUAAAGCAAAAGAUUUUCUUUUAAUUAAAACUAAAAAAACAAUUGAAUUAAAUGAUUUAUUUAAAAAAGCUCAUUUCUUAUUUAGAAAUUAUAGAGACAAUACAAUAGACACAGGAAAUAAUUCAAUUGUGUCUCUAUUAUCAAAAAAUCAUUUCUCAUAGAUUGAUUCAAUAGAAAUAAAAAAAUAAAAUCUUGAUUAAAUAAAAUAACGAUAAUAGAAUGAUGUAGCCUUAUUAAUAGAAGGAUUAAGUCCAACAGAAUAUAAAUUAAUAGAAAAAACAUUUACUUAAAUAUUUUAAAGCAAAGAAACCCUAAAUGAUAUUAUCUAUUUAGAAGCUUCAAGGAAGAUAUCUAAAAUGUUUAAGUAGGAUGGUGCUUAAGAAUAAUCAAUAGUGUUUAGUGAAAUAAAUAACUUUGAAAAGGAUAAAUUGAUAAAGGAAUAUCAAUAAAUUCAAAAAGAUAUUGAAUUGAAGGAGACUUAGUUUAAGAAAAUGGAAGAAACAGAAUUAUAAAGGUUAAUUAAAGAAAUUGAGUAUAAGAAUUACUUGGCAAGGUAAGAAAGUUAAUAUUGUAUAGAUUUAAUAUUGAAGCAUUAUAAGUAUUGGCAGCACAAUUUGGAUAUGCAAAAGCAGAAAGAGAAUUGAUCAAAUAUGGUGUAUUACACAAAAUGUUUAAUAAUUGA